AUGUCGUCGUCUAUAGGUCGGACGCAGGCCGCUCCGUUGACAGCAUGGCUCCGAGUGCCCCUUGAGUGGUAUCAAUCUUCAACUGUGUCCUUCUUCCCUGAUGAGACUCAUUCUGCUAUUCGACGCACUUUUAUUCCUCCGGAUGAUCCGCAUUGUCGGCGUGUCUUCUGUGGCUUUUGCGGUACACCAUUGACUUACUGGACCGAGAGUCCUCCCGAGGAAGCUGAUUACAUGUCGAUUACUGUGGGCAGCCUCUUCGGCCAGGACCAAAGCGCCCUUGAGGACCUGGGGCUACUUCCGGAAGACGUCGAUGCUGGAACACAGCUUGCUCCGGUUACGUCUAGUAGAAGUGUUACUCCCGCGGCUUCCUCGUCGAGGCAAGUCGCCUCCGCGGAACCACAGGUGUUUGUUACCCGCCAAAGCGGUACUCUGGGAGGAAUUCCUUGGUUUGAGGAAAUGAUUGAAGGAAGCCGACUGGGGAGAGUAGGGAAACACCGCAGGGGCGUCGGAGGUAACGAUACGAUGCAUGUCAAAUGGGAGGUGACCGAGUGGCAUGACACCGUCCCAUCCAUCUCCACAGAGGCCAGUGAAACCACCGAUAGCCCAAGAAUUUCCGCCAAAAGAAAAUCCCCUCAGGUUCGUUUAUCUUAUGCUAUUAUUCUAUAUGCUAAGACUAUUGGCGUGGUCUAA